ACAAAUUCCGCAUUGGUGAAGUGUAGAUAUUUGUUUCGAGUGGACGGUGCUCGAGCGAAUGCACUACUUCCCCGUGAAAUUGACGAAAUGGUGAACUGUCAACACCUCUGCAAGAUGAGAAUAUGAAUUUAAUUCGAAUUCACGUGAAGAGUAAGGAUCACUUCAUUUGAAGGGUAACCGUGUAAAUUGUGAUAGGGACAAAUAGUUCGAAGCCGAAAGGCCCCCGGCUAAGAGCGAUGUCGGUUUUAACAUGCAAGAGAACAACGAAUGCAAAGAUCGUGGCUCUCGAAUGCUAAGUUCCUAUAAUAAUGGCAGAUAAUGUACACAGAAAAUCACAUAAGCUAUCGGAUGGUAGUAGAAAAACAUCUAAUCCAGUGCACCGUACGACCACCGAGACGAUUCGGUUAGGAGAGCCAGAGAAACUGUACCAGCCGGUUAGUUUGACCACUUCAAGCAACGUGACGGCUAGUAACCAGUGUCGAAAAAAGACAUCGUCCUUCCAGAUUACAAGCGUUACCGUUGGUUCUCGUAUGAGCAAUGAUGCCGGUGAGGAUUCGAACGAUGAUCUGGAUGAGUCUCACACGGAAGACAAUUCGGUUGAGCAUUCGCGUAUUACUGACAUCGAUAUUGAAACGCCCAGCUAUUCUGAAGAUACCUUCUCUAAGGAGGAUGUAUUUUUUAAUACCAGUAAUGCUGCCCUCAGCACUGCUCCGGUGAUUCCUACAAGUUCUCAAUAUGGUUUGGCAAUUGUGCCCUCUGAAGGGAAUAAUGUCAGCAACUCUGUAAAUGACAGCAAUAUCAAUACUUUGGACAUUACAUCUGUUACCGACAACAAUAUUAUUAAUUUACUUUCGAGUAAUGCAAAGCAAGAUGCAGACCUACGUGAAGUACAUUCGCAUGGUAGAAAUGAGAGAUUCAAAGUGGUUAAAAUUGAAAGUACUGAACCUUUCAAGAGGGGCAGAUGGACUUGCAUGGAUUAUUUGGAUCAUACAUCGGUCAAUCAACCUACAGCAAUUGGUACACCAAAAAUGUCUGAUCCAAAUGAGGUAUGCAUAUCAUAUGGGGUGACAGACAGCGGAAUUGUUAUACCAGAUGCAUCUAAACAAUCAGUUGUAUCGGAAGACAAAGGUAUGAGCAUUGAUGCUAAUGGACAAGUACCUACACAUCCAGAUGUGCAUACAUCAAUUGGUGUACCUAAUAAUUCUACACCGGUUUCAAGUACUAAUUAUGCAGUAAGCAAUUCAAUUCCUCCCAAUGCACAGCAUAAUCCAACCCAAGUUCAAACACAGACUAAAGUUCAGACACCUUCACAAAUUCCUCAGUACUUUCAAUCUUCUGCUCAACAAUUGGCAUCUCAACAGCAGCAGCAACAGCAAGGUGGACAAGGUUCCACAUUACCAUCUAAUCUGCAACCUACUCACCCAAACAACUUGACUCAACCUCAAAGUAUGCCCCAAGGUUCUAUUCCCAUUAUAACACAGACUGGUAGUAGCAAUGUGACACCCCAACAAAAUAUACCUCAUUCAAAAGAAGAUACAUAUGUGACAGUGAGCACACAAAAUCAGUCAUUACCAGUUCAAAAUGUUUGUCAACCAUCUGUACAGCAAACACCUGUACCAGCAUCCCAGGCACCUAACAUUCUUGUUACGCAACAACAUGCUCCCCAACAGCAGCAACAGCAACAUCCUCCAACUCAACAGCAGCAACCACCACAGCAACAACCACAGCAGCAGCAGCAGCAGCAACAACAACAACCUCAGCAACCAUUGCAAACUCAGAAAUCAAUGACUCAAAUGUCUGAGCCAUUGACUGCCAUACCAGGAAUGCAGGGCAUCCAGAAUAUUCACAAAGUUCCUCAAACAGGUGCACAGCAAACUUCUUCAACUAUUCAUGCUCCUGGAGCACCAGUACAAUCUCAAGUCAUACCACCAUCUCAAAUGCAACCCCCAACUUCUGGUAGCAAUGCUCAAGUGCAAAUGGCACAGGUAUCAGCUAGCUGCCAAAAUGUUGUAGGUGGUAUGCAACAGGGAAACAUAACAUUUCAUCAACCAGAUCCGGAGCAGGACUCCAUUUCAGGCAUUGUAGCUGGUUCCACUACUCAAUCAGCUGAUACUACUCUCUUAGAAUCACUAACUGAAGUUACUCAAGGCAGCGAUGAACAUCAUACCCUCGAAGAUAAUGAAAGUAUGUCGGGGACUAGUGCUGUAGCAAUUGAUAAUAAGAUUGAGCAAGCCAUGGAUCUUGUUAAGAGUCAUUUGAUGUUUGCUGUACGAGAAGAGGUUGAAGUACUCAAGGAGAAAAUAGCAGAGCUUAUGGAUCGUAUCAAUCAAUUGGAAGCUGAAAAUUCAAUCCUAAAAGCACAUGCGACUCCAGAAACAUUGGCUCAAUUGAGCCAAUCAACUGCAAAAUUACCCCAAAACAGUUCAGGAAGUGGUCAAUAG